CAGAGCGCGAGUGUGUGAACAGUAUUUCGCGGGAGAGCAGCUAGCCGCUGUCUGUUGUCAACACGGGCUUUAACGUCUACUAACUUUAUAACACGAUGAGUUUAUGGGUGGACAAAUAUCGUCCGACCUCCCUCGGGAAACUGGACUUUCAUAAAGAGCAAGCGACUCAGCUGAAAAACCUGGUCCAAUGUGGCGACUUCCCACACUUGCUGGUGUACGGUCCGUCUGGUGCCGGGAAGAAGACCCGCAUCAUGUGUCUGCUGAGGGAGUUGUAUGGAGCAGGAGUGGAGAAGCUUCGCAUAGAGCACCAGACCAUCGUGGCUCCCUCAAAGAAGAAAAUUGAGAUCAACACAAUAGCCAGCAACUAUCACUUGGAAGUCAACCCAAGUGAUGCAGGAAACCAGGACCGUGUGGUGAUUCAAGAGCUGAUUAAAACUGUGGCUCAGUCCCAGCAAAUCCAGUCAAGCACCCAGAGAGAGUUCAAAGUGGUGUUGCUAACAGAGGUGGACAGACUCACAAAGGAUGCCCAGCAUGCUUUGCGUCGUACAAUGGAAAAGUACAUGGCUACCUGCCGUCUCAUCCUCUGCUCUACCUCCACCUCCAAAGUCAUUGGACCGAUUCGGAGCCGUUGUCUGGCUGUCAGAGUUCCACUGCCGAGCACAGAAGAGGUCUGUAGUGUUCUCACAUCCGUCUGUAAAAAGGAGGGUCUGCUUCUCCCUCCUGAGCUGGCCAAACAGAUCAGUGAGAAAUCUGGUCGCAACCUCCGCAAAGCCCUUUUGAUGUGCGAGGCCUGCAGAGUGCAGCAGUAUCCGUUCUCAGUGGACCAAGACGUCCCAGAGACGGACUGGGUAGUCUACCUCAGAGAAACAGCUAAUGCCAUCGUCAGCCAGCAGACACCUCAGAGGUUGUUGGAGGUUCGGGCCAGACUGUACGAGCUGCUGACUCACUGUGUUCCUCCUGACGUUAUCAUGAAGGGUUUGGUGAAAGAACUGCUGAGUAACUGUGAUGGCCAGUUGAAGACGGAGGUUGCCCACAUGGCAGCCUACUAUGAACACAGACUACAGCUGGGCAACAAAGCUAUCUACCAUCUAGAGGCUUUCAUCGCGAAGUUCAUGGCCAUCUACAAGAAGUUCAUGGAGGACGGUCUGGAUGCCAUGAUGUUUUGACUUUGAAUGGACUAAAAUACCUGUUUCUCUUGACAGGAAAUCAAAAGCACUCAUUUAUUUCAUGGUAGCUCUCUUGUUUUUUUUUUUUGUCCCAACAUGACUUUUAGUGGACUUGAGACAGAUUUACAUGUGUAUUCUUUCAGAUGUUGUUGUGACAUCGACACAACUCAUCUCAAAAUGAGUCUCACAGUGAUUGUCGCCUAAAACCUCAGCACUGUACACAUGUAUGUAAACUUUGAACCGUUGCUCUAGUAGUGUAAAAUAUAAGAAAGGUGAUGUAAAAUACCGAACAGAGCCAUUUUGAUAGAGGCAACUAGUGACUUGUAUUAAAAAUAAUCUGCAACAUUUGGAGAUGUUCUCCAAAAAUUCUACAUAAGAACAUUAAAAUAAAUUGCUUUGUUUUUCAA